UUUCAACUCCUUAUGCUGCGUCCCCUGUCCCUUUGCGUCCCCUAUCAACAACCCCUGCCACUGAGUCUGCCCCUGACUAACUUCUGCGUAGAGAGCUUUUUAAGUAGAGAGCAACACGGAGUCAGGUUCACUAAUAAUUAAGGAUUUGAACGCAAUCCUUUUUCUAACAUGGUAGUAAUAAGGAAAAGGACAUAACUAAACUGGAUUAUAUGUGGAAAGGAAAUACUUAAGUGAUUAUAAUAUAUACGAUAAAACAUAUUACUGGUUCGUUAAGAAAUUGCGCCCGAUGUAACUGCAGAGACUCAAUUAAGCGUCGGUUUCGAAGUGCGCAAACACAGUUAACGAAGAGCACCGCGGUGACGUUCAUUGAGUUGGGUGUUCCGCGCGACGUGUCACUCUAAGGAGCUGUUCAUCGUGGUAAAUUACGCUUAACAAAGAUUCGUAGUUAUAGUGAAACCUAAUUGUCGAGUCCGUUGUGGCGUUGACUCCCGCGGCUACGUCCUCUCCUCCCCUCUGCCCUACCGCACAAUCCCAACACCUAUUUUUUCCUCAUAUGUUACCUAUAGCUAACAUAUGAGAGGAAGAUAGGUGUUGGGACUAUUGUGGCAGAGCGGAGGGGAAGAAAGGAUGUACCCGCGGACUAUAGGCGUUCUUAUCACUGAAUCCGGAGUCGUAAAGGUCGUCAUGGCAGGAGGACGCAGAGGAAAUAUUGGAUGGUUUUGGCUUCUUACGUUGGCCAUAACCACACUGGUGUCCACUGUCGCUACCUACACACUCAGGAAAGGACAUGAACCUUACAUCUACAAGAGCAUCACCAGCAGCAAUCCUCAGCUCUUCCCCUUCGAAAGUCAAAGGGGUGGAGCCAUAGCAGGCGACGAUACGAAGAUGCUGUUGGGGACAAGCAAGGAAGACCGCCAAGUCAAGAUGAAGAGGAAGCCUGCCUCCUCACUCUCAACCAGCAUUCAGAACAGUGCCCAAGAUGUGUUGGAGAAUAUGGUGGAAGUGGUGGAGAUGGAGGAGAAACACAGCAGCUCUAAAGACAAAAUGCUGCCAACCCUCAAGAAGAUUAUGAACACCACUAAUGAGCUGCAGACCAGGGUGGCACCUCAGACCUCCAACCAAACCAUUAUCAGGCUUGAGGAUACUAUAAGAGAGUUCCUGGCCAUUAGUGGUAUUGAAGCCCUGCUGCCCCUUGACUGUGGCCGGCACCCCACCCGGCCUGACAACCCACUGCCCAGACUUGGCGCAUUCCCCUGGGUGGCAGCACUGGGCUCCAGCGAGGAUGGCAGGUUUCACUACCGCUGCACUGGUGUUCUCAUCACACAGGAGCACAUUCUCACAGAUGCAGACUGUGCCACUUCGCCCAACAUAAACGUGGUCUUGAUGAAUACAACUGAUGCCCCCGGGCCCAAUGCCAUCAUAAACUUUGUAGCAGGGCGUCGGGUUCACCCUGCCAUCAAGGACGACCAAGAUCUCCUCUCUGGCAACAACAUUGGCAUUCUGGAAUUGGCUGUUCCCUAUGACUUUAAUGAAUACAUCCAGCCAGUAUGCUUGGCUGGACAGUUUGAGGAGCCUGACCCUAAUGAGCAAAGUGAGGUGACCAUCAUUGGGUACAGCGCUGUAGACCUUCCAACGGGUCGAAGGGCAGCAGGUCUGUAUAACUGGGCAACCUCUCCUACACUGGGAGCAUCAAUUUGCUAUUUUGCCUUAAAAGACUUGAAGGAAAAAAACCCUCAAAUUAAAACUACCUUGGAAGACAUUCUCACAAAGAAACACAUUUGUGUGGACAGAAACUUUGAGCAGGUGGGAAAAUCAGUCAUUCUGAGAGUGAAUGAGGACACAGGACGAGUAAGAGUGGUAGGGCUUGGUGGAGUGGCCAAUGCCGCCAAGACUAACCCCAUCGCCUACACCCUCGUCCAGCCGCACCGCUUCUGGGUGGAGCUCGUCCUUAAGAAAUUCCGAGACAACACCACCCCACGGAGACCACCCCCACCAGUCUGAGCUUUAAGGUUAAUUAAGCCUUUCUGUUUUGCCAUAUAUGGCUAAAAGUUUUACCUCAGCCUCGAAUGUAAAAUCUAUAUGGCUGGGUAAAAAUAUUUAUUGUUAAUAGCACAUACUGAAUGGAAGUCCUGAGGCAAAUUUUGUGCUGAUUUAUGAGCAAUCAGGAAUGUGCACCUUUUAUACUGACUGAUUUUUCAGAAACAUUUCAUCUUGCCAGUUAGAUAUAAUAGAAAACUUUUUCUUCUCUACAGCACAACCUCAUUCAUAACUUCAAUAUUAAUUGAUAGAUGAGCUUUACAACAGCAUAAAAAAUAAAAUGCUGCCAUUAUAACAGUACAUUUAAUUUUGAAAUACUUUAAAUUAAGCUCCGGUCACAUUACUUGCUCACCAAAUGACAGACCAGCCUAAGCUUUGAAGGAUGCAUGUGUUAGUGGCAUCCAAUUGUCCCAACCAAUCACUAAUAAUCAAAGUGGGCAUGAAGCUGCUGCUACUGGGAUUAAUGAACUGAAGUGGAGCAUGAAAAUUCUGGCCAAGUCUGGCUCAAAGAUAUCAAAGUUUUAAAUGUGACUGAAUUUGAUAAGAGACUCUCCUAUAGAUUUUUCACUAUAUGGAGUUUAGGUCUUUGCAUCACUAGGUAAAUUGAGAUUACCAAAAGCAAUGAGAAAGAUAGAUGUGAAUCCUUCAGCAGCUGGUUGGGCCCACUGUGUGCACCCCUCAGCGGCUGGAAGUGGCACACACUGGGUCAGUUAUGGAUCAGUAGUUACAUUGGCAAUGGUUGUUUGUCCUUAAGGCUACUCUUUUCUACUUUUUGUAUGAAUACUAGGGAUUAAUUCCCUACAAAGUUAUCCAACUGAAAGCUUGUAGCUAUUUAAAAAAAAAAAAAAAGUAAUGAAUGCUGUAUAU